AUGGAGAGGGACGGAGGCGCCGGCGGGGUCGACCGCAAGGUCUUCUCCGGCGGCGAUGCGAGCAUAUUCUCCUCCGCCGACGGCCUGCAGAGGCUCGCCAAGACGCGCUCAGGCUCGAGACAGUCGUCCAGGGCCGGGAGCGAAAAGUCCGGGCGCGGCAGCCGCGGCGAUCCCCCGAGGCCGGACCACUCCGCGCAGGUGAACUUCUACGGCGCGCAGGCGAGAAUCUCGGGCGGCGGCGCACACUCCGUAUCGGAGGGCAGCGGAUCCCACCGCGGCGGCGACCGGCGAUCGCAGGGCGCGGGGUCCAAUCGCGCUCCGUCGACGGGCCGGGGAGAAUCCACCGGGCGGCACGGCCAGGGCGCGUGGGUCCGCGUCGAAGACGUCGCCGACCACGCCGCUCCGACCGACCCACGCCGCGCGCGCGUGCCCAGCCGCGCGGCGUCGGACCGAUCGGACGACAGGGGCACGCAGACGGACGGACCGGCCGGGGCGGACGACCCGACGCGUGCGCCGGCGAACCCCAACCCCAACGCGCAGCUCAGGCUCCAGGCGGCGCUGCAGACGGAGCUGAGGGAGUGCCAGGAGGAACUCGCGCGGGUGCAGAUGGAGGCGGCGGCGCUGCGAAACGAUAAGGCUCGGCUCGUGCAGGAGCUCGAGCGGGAGCGAGAACGGACCGCCGGGGAACGCGAGCAACGGGAGCAACGGGGCGGGGGCGAUCGAAAAGAUUCGGGCGAUCGGAUGCGUCGAGCCGAGUCGGGCGGCGGGCUCUCCGGAGCGGGCCGCGAGAGCUCCGGCGGCGCGCCCACCAUCACGGAGGAGGAGAUGGACGACACCGUCAACUCGCUGCUGGAGAUGAUCGCGACGGAGAGGGAGGCCAAAUCCGCGCUGGAGCACCACCUGCGAACGGCCACCGCCGCGCUCGAGGAGGAGCGACGGAGGAGGGUAAGCGCCGAGGACGACCUCGCCGAGACGAGGGAAGCCGCCGACGACGACGCGGACGCGGCGGAGCGGAAGCUUCGGGAGGCGACGGAUAUCAUAGGGGAGCUGAGGCAGGCGCUGUUGGACGUGAUGAGGGUGAAGGACGGGUCGGUGAACGGAUCGGACGGGGGAAGGCGAUUGUCCUCGUCGCAGCAGCCCAAGUCGCCGGAGACCUCGCGACCGCAGCAGGGACGCGACCCGAACAAAUCGAGGUGGCUCGAAGGAGGAGGAGGAGGAGGAGGAGGAGGAGGAGGAGGAGGAGGAGGAGGAGGAGGAGGAGGAGGCGCGGGGGUAUCGGAUCCAAACGUCGCGUCCCGAACCGGCGGCGAUGCCGGGGUGGAUCUGUACGCGGAUAUCGGCGGGAGGGCGACGGCGAUCCUCAGGGCGAUCGCGGCGAAGGUGGCGGCACACCCGGCGUUCGAGCUCGCGUGGCCGCUGAUGUGCAUCGUGUUGCUGCUCAGGUUUCAGCUGGGCCCGGACGUGUUCACGUGGCGCAGCUUGACGUGGUCCGCCCGCGAGCCGCCGACUGUCGCCGCGCCAGACCUCUGA